AAACAACAACCAAUUAGACAUCAAACUCUCAGGUCCGGCCCAUUCCAAAUCCAUCACUACCUUCAUGCUAUAAACUCCCUCCUCUGCCGCUAGGGUUUUGUUUCUCUGCUCCUACCAUUUUGCUUUGUAGCAGAAGCCACCGAUUCAACCAAAAUGAGUAAGCUUCAAAGUGAGGCAGUGAGAGAAGCAAUCUCAGGAAUCAUGGCUGAUUCCAAAGAGAAGAAUCGCAAGUUUGUUGAGACCAUUGAACUUCAAAUUGGUCUCAAGAACUACGACCCGCAAAAAGAUAAGCGUUUCAGUGGCUCCGUCAAGUUGCCUCAUAUCCCUCGUCCUAAGAUGAAGCUUUGUAUGCUCGGAGAUGCCCAACACGUUGAAGAGGCAGAGAAGAUAGGUUUGGAAUCAAUGGAUGUUGAAGCCUUGAAGAAGCUCAACAAAAAUAAGAAGUUGGUGAAAAAGCUAGCCAAGAAGUACCAUGCUUUCUUAGCUUCUGAGGCAGUCAUUAAGCAGAUUCCUCGUCUUUUGGGUCCUGGUCUCAACAAGGCAGGGAAGUUCCCAACACUUGUCUCUCACCAAGAAUCUCUCGAGGGAAAGGUCAAUGAGACAAAAGCUAUGGUGAAAUUUCAGCUUAAGAAGGUGCUCUGUAUGGGAGUAGCUGUGGGUAAUGUUAGCAUGGAUGAAAAGCAAAUCUUUCAAAAUGUUCAACUCAGUGUUAACUUCCUUGUCUCCUUGUUGAAAAAGAACUGGCAGAAUGUUCGGUGCUUGUAUCUGAAGAGUUCAAUGGGAAAAUCUUACCGUGUCUUUUAAGGGAACUUAUUUCCUAUCUUUUUUCAAUAUUUAAGUCAGUCAUCUCCUUCAAUACAUUUGUCCGAAUAGCUUGAUAGAAACUUCGUCUUGUUACAAUUUUGCUGGAUUAUUUAUUGUUAAAUUGUUGUUUUUAUGUUUGAAUAUUUGAUAAUGUUAGUCGUGCUACUUUUUGUGCUUCUCAUUU